AUGGAGGUGGAAAAGACGGGUUCUGCACUUGUUGCCUUCUGGCUGCAACGCAUGGCUCAAAGUGGGACUGUUCUGAAGACUCCUGCUCACAAGGCUCGGGCCAUAACCACUCCACCGUCUCACACACACAUCAGCGUGUCACCUGAGAAUGCUGAGAAUCAGGCCACAGCAGAAAGUGAAGUUCCAAGUGAACCAUACCAGGCUAUGUUGCUCGAUUUGGUCCGCGGCGGGUUCCAGCCGCGCCUUCCGACUUCGCUGCCGCCCCCAGUUCAGCAGCAGCAGCCGUCGCCGCUACCACGCCGACAGCCCGUCCCGUUGAUGCCUCUCGCGCAGCUUCAUCCGGGAGCGCCCCAGGUGGUCGCUCCGGCGCCUGCGGUCCCUCUUCAGUCGCCACCGCCUUCGGAGCUGAUGGACGUCGACCCCUCAGCCGGGCCGCCUUCCCAAGCGGUGGCUGUGCAGCCUGUCCUGCAGCCGCUUUUCUUGGGCACCCCCAAGGAGUCUGACACCGCAGCGCCUUGUCCGGCGCCCACUCAGCAGCCGUCGACGCAGCGUCAGGAGACGCUGCCUCUCUUCGUGGGUCCCGACGCCCCGUCGCGUCCAGUACCAGAAGCUGCGCCCGUGGUCACAGGCGUGCACCCUGACCUCGGUUUUCAGUCGGUGUUUCCCGAGGCCCCGCGCAGCCAAUGCUGGGAAUCUUUUGAACUGUUGUGGCGACAACUAGGCUGCGCCGUCGACAUUUGGCGAGCCAGCACAGCGCGGCCACGGCCACAGUGCGGCGUCUCGGAGCGCCAGCCAGCCUCGCCGCAAAGCCAGCAGCGGGCGGCAGUUCCGGGCCGUUCAGAACAUUCGUCGCCGCGCUCAUCUGAGAAGACGCGCGCAUGA